CAGGUUGAGGAUCGAGAUCCCGCAGCCCACUCAGCCGGUGACAAAGCGAAGUCUUUGCUGCAUGAAUUAGAGGAAGCAAUCUUGGAACAACAGAAUCUCCAGCCUAUAAAUACCGAGUUGGUGAGCACUUACCAGACACUUGAGCAGAAGAGGAGAAAACUGAAAACAACAACUGAGUCACUGAGAAAGAAGUUAAUUAAAGGACACCUCCAUGGCUUGUUAUUUCAGAGCUGUUUAGAUGAGGAAUUUCCUUGUUGUGAUCCCUUGUCCUGCACAGAUGGAAUUCAACAACCAUUUCAAGAAAAACUGAAGCGGUGUUGCCAUAAACGAUAUAGUGGUCAAGAAGCAAGACUACAUCAGACACUCCUGACCUUCAUACAUACGAGCUGGUAUACACCUCCACUAGAUGUCUUGCAUGUAGAGAGUCUCACAGCAAUUCCAAGAGUGGAAGUGACACUUCUCUCAGGUGUAGCCAAAAGAAUCCAGGUUUCAUGUGAAAGGCCCAACUAUGGAGAAUUAGAGGAUGGAGCUUUGGAUGUGACUAGAAGACGCAAGUGCCCAGGCCCUAAAGUUGGCCCCUACCUAGGAUCAGAUCUUUCCGGUUGCAUCAGGAUGAAUGAUGACCUAAGGAUGGAACCCAUGGGAGAAUAUGUCUCAGUUUGUUCCAUGAGCACCUUGGCUACCGCACCCUCCAGUAGAUGUUGUCAAAAGCAAAUGGGCUGGACCCUGGAUUUUCAUGAGAAUGGUGUUGACCACUUGUAUUCUGAGAGCCUGCCACAGUCCAGGGAAUGUUCCACACUGUCAUCUCCUGGACAUACUUUGUCCACAGAGAGUACUAUAACUUCAAGUGAUUCUGGGUCAGAAAUUUUGAAUAUGGCUUCUGGUGACCUUGACUGUAAAUCACUCUGUGAGAAAGAGGAAGAUACAAGAUCAGCUUCUGGUAUGAUAAAGAUCACAGGCAAAAGUGCAUCUCCUGAGAAUAUUGCACUGCAAGGCUCUGUGAGUGAGGACAAAACCAUGUUAAAUCUGGAAGCAAAAGAGGAACCAGUAACAAUAGAUGAGCAUAGAAAACAAUGUGCUGCAAGAGACACUGCUGUUUCCUCUCUUCCUGUAACCACUGUGAAAUCCGUUAACUUUAGACAAAGUGACAACACUUCUGCUAAUGAGAAGGAGGUGGAGGCCGAAUUUCUCAGAUUAUCUUUGGGAUUUAAGUGUGACUGGUUCACCCUGGAGAAAAGAGUGAAGCUUGAAGAAAGAUCCCGAGACUUGGCAGAAGAAAAUUUGAAGAAAGAAAUCACUGACUGUUUAAAGCUCUUAGAGUCUUUAACACCACUUUGUGAAGAUGACAACCAUGCCCAGGAAAUAGUUAAGAAGCUGGAGAAGAGUAUAACACUUCUUAGUCAGUGCACUGCACGAGUGGCCAGUAAGGCUGAGAUGCUGGGAGCCAUUAAUCAGGAAAGCCGGGUUAGUAAAGCAGUGGAAGUGAUGAUUCAGCAUGUAGAAAACCUGAAGAGAAUGUAUGCCAAAGAGCAUGCUGAGUUAGAAGAACUGAAACAGGUUCUUUUGCAAAAUGAAAGGUCUUUUAACCCUCUCGAAGAUGAAGAUGACUGCCAAAUUAAAAAACGUUCAUCUUCUCUAAACUCCAAGCCAUCUUCGCUCCGAAGGGUGACCAUUGCCUCUUUGCCCAGAAAUAUUGGAAAUGCAGGAAUGGUGGCUGGGAUGGAAAAUGACCGAUUCGGUAGGCGAUCAAGCAGCUGGCGUAUUUUGGGGUCAAAGCAGAGUGAACAUCGUCCCUCAUUACAUCGAUUUAUUAGCACCUACUCCUGGGCAGAUGCUGAAGAAGAAAAAUGUGAACUCAAAACUAAAGAUGACUCAGAACCACCUGGAGAAGAAAUAGCAGAAAGGACAAGAAAGCCAAGUCUUUCUGAAAAGAGAAAUAAUCCGUCAAAAUGGGAUGGCUCUUCACUUUAUGACACAGUAGCUGCUUGGGCAACAAACCUCAAGACUUCCUUCAGAAAGGCGAAUAAGGCACUCUGGCUUUCUGCUGCGUUCAUUGUGCUGUUUGCAGCUUUGAUGAGCUUCCUCACAGGACGAUUCUUCCAGAAGUCUGUGGAUGCUGCUCCCAUACCAGAUGGGGACUCCUGGAUGUCUCUAGAGCAAAUUUUGUGGCCAUUCACCAGACUCCAACACAAUGGACCACCACCCAUGUGACUUAGCACAUCUUAAUGCAGCAGUAAAUGUGCCAGAAAGUUCAAUUGGAGGCCUGUCUCUGAGGGGAAAAAAGCUUCCGUCUGUUCUCAUUUUGAUGUAAAGAGCUGUCAGGACACUACCCUGAAGUCCAGAGUGUUUGAUACCAUAAUGGACAGUGAAGGUAUAGCCUUUAUAUAGCUUGGUUUUAUAUUUUUGACAAAAUAAACAAAAAUGAAGUUUUAAAACUA